AUAGUCUUCUCAUGGACUGUUCUAAUGGCGAGACUUUAAAGCACUAAGGCAUUGGAAAGAUGGUGAAUAAGACCGAAGCUAUAUUCAUCGUAGUUAGCGUCCGUGCUAUCCAGGUGGUUCUCCGCACAUCUCUGGCUUCAUCCUUGACCCCCCAGAACGGAUUUCUCCGCAAACCCCACAACCAUCUCCAAAUUCCAAGCUUUUCGAGGUCACAUCACAACCUCGUAGUGGGAAUAAUUUACCGGUAUUUGACCGAUGGGUCGAUGAGGUUCGAUGGAUUGUUGUAUAAAUACUUGAAAUGGCUACGCAUGAUGGGCUCACUAAGUACCUAACCUAAUCACUCAGGACUCAAAGCUCAUCUUGACGAAGCCUCAUCUUCAGCAUCCCAAGACACGAUGAAGCUCUCACCAGCUGUUAUGGCAGGGUCUCUUGCCGUACGGCAAGGUAUAGACUACAAUGCGCCACCACCAAACUUGUCAACUCUUCCAGAUCGGAGCCUCUUCGACACAUGGCGACCCAAAGCACACGUUCUCCCACCAACAGGACAUAUAGGUGACCCGUGUAUGCAUUACGCCGAUCCUGAAACUGGGCUCUUUCACGUCGGUUGGUUACAUCUUGGUGCUGCAGGCGCUACGACCGAUGAUCUUGUCACGUAUCGUGAUGUAAACCCGGAAGGGCUGCCGUUCAUAGUAGAGGGCGGGAAGAAUGACCCGCUCGCGGUGUUUGACGGAUCCGUCAUCCCCAGCGGUAUCGACGGCAAGCCUACUCUCUUAUAUACAUCUGUUAGCUACUUACCGAUCCACUUCACCAUCCCAUACACGCGGGGAAGCGAGACACAAUCCCUAGCGGUAUCUCGCGACGGAGGCCGCACCUUCGCAAAGCUUGAGCAAGGGCCGGUCAUCUCAGGACCACCUUUCGCGGCCAAUGUGACAGCCUUCCGCGACCCGUAUGUCUUCCAGAGCAGCAAGCUCGACGCCGAACUUGGGAGCGCUCCUGGGACUUGGUACGUCGUCAUCUCUGGAGGCAUUCAUGGAGAUGGACCUAGCCAGUUCCUCUACCGGCAGCACGACCCGGAGUUCCAGUACUGGGAAGAACUGGGACAGUGGUGGCACGAGCCGGCCAACACGACCUGGGGCAACGGCAACUGGGCCGGCCGCUGGGGCUUCAACUUCGAGGUCGGCAACGUCUUCAGCUUGGACGAGCAAGGGUACAAUGUCGAAGGCGAAAUCUUCACGACACUAGGCGUCGAAUGGUCGCCGGAGCCAAUCGUGCCCCAGUUCACGCAAUUCCACGACAUGCUCUGGGCAGCUGGCAACAUCUCCACCUCUGAAAAUGGAACGGUGAAAUUCCAACCUACUAUGGCUGGGAAGUUUGACUGGGGAAGGUCCGCAUAUGCCGCUGCCGGCAAGGAGUUGCCCGCGACUUCGAAAGCUUCCCAGAAAAGCGGCGCCCCCGACCGGUUCCUCUCGUACCUCUGGCUCACCGGAGACUUCUACGGGACUCUGCCCUUCCCGACUAAUCAGCAGAACUGGACCGGCGCGCUCCUGCUCCCGCGUGAGUUGAGCGUCGGCAAGAUCCGCAACGUCGUCGACAACGAGCUCGUGCGCGAGACCGCGUCGUGGCGCGUCGUCUCCACCAACCAAUCCGGCGUCGUCGAGCUCGUCACCCUGAAGCAGGAGAUCGCGCGCGAGGCCCUGGCUGCCCUGACCAGCAACGCCUCGACGACCGCUACUAUCGAGCCGGGCCGCACCCUGAGCGAGCCGGGCGUCGUGCCGUUCCAGAAGGUCCCCGAUAGCAAGUUCUACGUGAUCACGGCGACGCUGUCCUUCCCCAAGGGUUCCCGCGGGAGCGAUUUGCGAGCGGGUUUCCAGAUCCUGUCCUCCGAUUACGAGAGCACGACCAUCUACUACCAGUUCUCCAACGAGUCUAUCGUCGUCGACCGCAGCAACUCUAGCGCUGCGGCGAAGACGACUGACGGGAUCGAUACGACCAAUGAGGCGGGUCGGUUACGUCUGUUCGACUUGGCGCAGGAUGGCAGUGACGGCCAGCAGGACCAGAUCGAAAGCUUGAAGCUGACUAUCGUGGUGGAUAAUGCCAUUGUCGAAGUACAUGCCAAUGAAAGAUUCGGGUUAGGCACCUGGGUUCGAUCUUGGUAUGCUGCUUCGCGAGAAAUCCGGUUCUUCCACGACGGUAAUGGAGAAGUGACGUUCGGAGAUGUGACUGUGCAUGAGGGCUUAUACGAUGCUUGGCCGGAACGGAACGGUAGCAAUUAGGUACCUGAUCUAGGUAACCUAGAGAACGAUAAUUAAUGGAGGAUAGUUGCAACUAUAAUUCAUAAUCCAGUAAUAUUUGCAAUAUGUGUUUCUUGAAUCAAUUGAUGGUCGUAGCAGAUUGACGGGUUAACCCAGUGACUACGGUCAUCCAUUG